AUGAGACAUCGGGCCAUCAUUAAUGCCGGGGGCCGAGUCUUUGAGACAAAUUUCUCUACCCUGCUGCGCUACCCGAACGCACCAUUUGCAAAGCUGUUUCCGCUGCCAGCCAGUGGGCGCAAGAAGUGCAAAUAUUUUCUCGAUGUCGCCCCUCAGGCAUUUGAAUGCGUGUUAAGUUUCCUCAGAACAAACCAGCUGCGCCUUCCAAAGGAAAACGAGCAGCUGCGGGCCGAGAUCGUUCACUGCCUCGACGUCUGGGGACUUUUGGAGCAUGCCUUUCCUGCGGCUCCCCAAGACACAUGCGGCUCCGACGUCGUCGAACUUCCUGACAUAUGUGUGGUGCAGAUUUGCGACCACAUGCAGCACGAUCAGGGGGUCAAACGGCACGCCCUUACCAUCACAUUUGGAGCGAAUGGGUUUCAGUUGCGGCGGCUCACACAUCGCAUCCGACGCGACUUGGAAGGUCUGAUAUCCUCAACCUACUGGCAGUGCUACCAGACCAACGAGCGGGCAGCCUUUUUUGUCACGACGAAGGUGGCAAACGGAACAGCAGAUCUUCUAACGACGUCGGUGACGCAACAACUUAUUGAACACACCGAAGCCAUGGGGUACUCCCUGGUCUCCUCGUACGUCACCCUCAGCCCCGAUGUAGUCCACACCAGCGUUCGCAUGCUCGUUCAUAGCUUCACCUUUCGGCGUGCGCUGCAGACGACGUUGGAGGUCGGCGACGAGUUGGCAAUCGCAGGGGAGGAAGAGGUAAUGGAAACCCACGACAACAUUGCCUCAAUGCGUUUCGGUCCACAGAAAACAUCGUUGCAUGAGGAGCAAUCCCUGCCACCGAAGGGAUCCAGGGCAUUGGACAUAUGGACAACGGCAAGGGGAAGUGCUUCAGAAAUAAAUAAAUAG